UUUACAAUGAAUGAAAACCAUGAUACAGUGACGAAGGAUGUAAACCCAGUUACCCUUGACCACUGAUGAGUUACCAUGUGUCAUGAUGCCACUGUCACGCUCAUACUAACACACAAACCUCAUUUCUGACACAAAGUGUAUCAUACAUUACUGUAUAGCUGCAGCGUUGAGCGUUAUACACUCUAAUAUUAUACAAUGAAUUCACGCGUCCUUCCGAAAAUGUCAUUCCUGUGUGUUGUUAAAAACUUUCCUUUGCUGCUGUGAAUGAAACGGACCUUGAAAAUUAUUCUGUGUUUGUACAUAUAUAUAUAUAUAUAUAUAUAUUUAUAUAUAUAUAUGUAAAUAUUGGUAUUGUCUGUGGGUUUAAUUACUGAAGUAUCUAAGCGGUGUUUGUAAACUACACAAUUCUGGUGUUAACAGCGUUCAGUGUAACUAUGCCGUUAUUUAAAGUUUAAUUAUUAUAGUGUUUAUAGAUAAGACGUGUGAGAGGGGCUAUUAAUGCCCACCGAACUACAUUAUUUAACGAGUGAACGAGGUAGUUUGUGUGAUUAUGUCGCCUACGUGACCUCUAGGGUCAGCGUGGUGUGGGAGGUCAAAUGAUUGGAAACACCAGUAGUGAAGUUAUCAGUGUGUGAUAACUGACCCCCAUGCCCGGCCCAGGGGGUCACGACCCCACCUCUGACUACCCAAUCAUCCAUCUCCGAGACCACGCCCACUCCCUCAACCCCGUUAACCUGACCUUCUGGAGCGAGAACGGCACACAGCCGGGGUCAUGGCAGGAGGAGGGGGUAGUGGGGGGUGUGGGGUCACCUGGGGUCAACUGGUGGGGUCUAGUGGCCCUGUUAGUGGUCCUCCUCACACUCUUCGGGAACAUUCUGCUCAUUCUGGCCAUCUCGUGGGACCGUCGUCUCCAGAACAUGACCAACUACUUCCUGCUCUCUCUGGCUGUCACGGACCUCAUGGUGGCCUCUCUGGUCAUGCCGCUCUCCAUCGUCGUCCUUGUUCUAGGUC